GCGGCUUGAGGCGGAGUGGCCGCGGGUGUGGGGUGGAGGUGCCCUGCUCGGCCCGAGGGGCUUCCCUGGGGCUGCUGGAGAUGCGGGGUCUGCCCGCCGAGGUUCAUUCCGGGCUGCCCCAGGCCUUGGCAUCUGCCCAGGGCAGCGGUUGCCCCACGGUGCCGCGGGCGGAGGAUGCUCAGGCUGGUGCCGGUUUAUGGCUCCUGUUGUAAGCCAUAGGCGCCCCUAAAACAGGCGGUACGGGCGGCGGGAUGCUCUGGCUUGGCCUGUCGCAAAGAGCACGAAGUACGCUGAGUAGAUGUGCUCCUUGUUAAACAAGAGUAUAAAACUGGGGCAAACAACUGAAGAUGUCAUCCUAUUUGGCUCAGGAGGUUCACCUUGCUAGAAGACAUGAGGAGAUACUGUCUCAGAGAUCAGAGCUGCUACAGCAGAUGGAGACUUAUCUAAGAGACAAAAAGACUAAAAAGACAUGGCAAACUCAAGCAGCUGAUGCAGCUCAUAAAAGGAAUGCAGCACUUUUAAAUGAUAUAGAAGCAGCAGAAAAAAGGCUGCAAGAAAGAACAUGUUUACUUCCACACUCUGAUACUGUUAAGUUAGAAACUCUCUAUUGGGCAUCAAUAAAAGAAUCUCUUCCUGAGUGGGAAGACUUUCUUUUAGGAAGAGCAGAAGUUCCUAUUGGCUUUAAGAAAAUGAAAGCUACAAAGCAGAGCAUAAACUACCCUGAAGAAGAUUCACAAAAAUAAACAUUUUAGUUCCAUUCUGUUUUGUAAUUUAGCACUUAAGCAGAGAAGAUCAUCCAGAUCGGGCAACAGAAUAUCAUGCCAUUAAACUGAAAUGUAAAUAAUUUAAAUUUAAAAUAAUUAUAUAGGAUAAUUUCAUUCCAUUGUUGCAUUGUGUACAAUUCCUUAUUUUUAUUCUGUACUAGAGAAGCAAUCCUCAAACGGACUUUUAGGAUCAAGAAUGAGAAACAUUGGUGUAUAGAUUUCCACUGAGGCAAUUGGGUUUUCAGUGUGAGAAGAGUUUUUAUGUUAUUUUUAAUCCUCUGCUUCUACAUAUAAGUGCGAUAAGUAAAGACAGAUUCUUGCA